UUUGAGUUUGCAGAGGGAGUACAGCAGCCGGUGUGUUUUGGUGCUGUAGCCGUCAUGGCUGCCCACAGUAACAACUUUAUCCGACUGCGCCUGUACUUUGACUACCCGCCGCCGGCUGUCGUCGGUUGCCGCAUGUGCUGGCUGCUCGUAGACCUAAACGUGUGUCGCGUGGUGGCCGACCUGGAGAGCGUCAUCAGGGAGAAGUUUGAAUUCAGCGGCGGGAGCAUCCUCAGCCUGUUCAUAGAAGACUGCUACCUGCCACACACGGAGAGCAUCUACGUGGUGCGGGACAACGACAGCGUCAGGGUGAAGGUGGGCUGGAUGAAUGAGUUGAAUGGAUACAGCAGUCAUCCAGAUGCAGCAAGUGAAAGUGGCAGAAAGAGACGGCGAGCCACAGAAGACACUGUGCCAGAAGAAAAUGGAGUGAGUGUCGAAUGGAAGAAGAAAAAGAGGAAGAAAAAUAACGAGGACAGAAUGACAGACGGUGCCAACCUAGUGGCAAGUGAUGACCAGAAUGAGAAUGUACAGGGAAAACCCACAGAGAAGAAAGAGAAGAAGAAAAAGAAGCCAAAGGAAAAAGGUGCUCCUGCUUCUCCCAAACCAGCUGAUCUCCCAAAGAUUCCAGCUGCCGUCAGCCGGCUGAGUAAAAGCACCAAGAAGCUCCAAGCAUCAAAACCACAAAAAGCCUCCUCUUCAGAUUCCAGUAGUAGCAGCAGUGAUGAAGAUGCCGUACCCCAAAAAACAACAAAAACACCCACCUCCACUCUUGCUCCCUCCAAGGUCCCAUCAAACACAAAACCUGCCCCCAAAAAACCUCCACUGUCAUCAUCAUCCUCUUCAGAAACAGAGUCUUCUCCUGAUGAGGCUGCCAGUGUAAAAAUCCAGCCCAGAAACAAACCUUUAAAAACCACGGCUGCCAGCUCAGAAUCGAGUCGGGCUCCUUCAGCCCCGCAGCCUACAAACGAUAAUCCAGAACAGACCGCCAGCAUAGCCGAGUCGCCUCAUACAGCAGCAAAGGGUUCCAACUCGGACAGUGAAGACGAGAUCCAGCUGGUGAUACGAAGGCCGCUGCACCAGCCCAGAGGUGGCAUAGGUAUUCAGUCUCCUUGGCGAGGUCGCGCCAGAGGGAAAGCCAGAUGUGGCGGUGGUCAGGGAGCAAGUGUUACGGGUGGGGGUAGAGGAGGAGCAAGCAGAGGGAACAGUAGCAGCUUUGGGUCCAGCUAUAAUGGAGCCACAGAGCCGUCUUACCAGAAUGAUUCACUGACCAACACGUCAGUGAUCCUGCAGAAUGAAGCAGUAAGUGUACCCAAGCAGGACUACAACUCCAUGCCCCUGUUAGCUGCUCCUCCACAGGUGGGGCAGAGGAUUGCCUUUAAGCUGCUGGAGCUAACUGAAAACUACACGCCAGAGGUAUCUGAAUACAAGGAGGGAAAGAUUGUGAGCUUUGACCCAAUCAGCAGACAGAUUGAACUUGAACUCCUUAAUGUCUCUCAAGCUUCCGUAGAACCUGGAAAAUUUGAUCUAGUCUAUCAAAAUCCAGAUGGCUCCGAGAGGGUGGAGUAUGCUGUGUCCAGAGGGUCCUGGGUGACAGAACGGUGGGAGUCUCUGCUGGAGCCAAGACUCAUCAUUUAAGUUUGAGAAAAAGAGUGAAUUCAUACACCCACAUAGUUAUUUUUUUAAUGACCUGGACUUAUCUUUUAAAAGCUAAAACAUCCAAUGGCUUUGAUUCUAGUCCAUUUAAACUUUCUUGUCUGUGCUUCUCUGUUAGCACAUUUUUAACAGCUCUGGGUUUAACUGGGUUUAGAGAUGAAAUGGUUUUUAUGCUUAAAUCAGCUGAAGGGACGAGUAAUGAUUUUGAGCACUGGGGCACAUUGUAAUGGUUUUAUUUUUUGUACAGAGAUGUGACUGUGAUAAGUCUUGUAUAAACUGUUUUUCCAAUAAAAAACUGCAUCCUCAGCCACACAUGAGGGCAAAAUUUUAGCGUGUUAUCCACAAAAUAAUAUUUUGCAUAUUCAUUAUCUGUUUUAUUUUGUAACAAAAAGACCUUGCUCAGAAUUCAUUUUGAAAAAGUGUUUAACCUAAAAUGUAAUUAUGCUGAUAAUUAACAAAACAGACACUUUUCAACUUUAACUGUUGUGAUUUUCUUUUUUCCCCUCAA